GUUUUGUGUAGCGAAGAAGAAACAAUCGGAGGCUGGGCUUCCCCAUCCGUCGCGUCUUGUCAUUUAGCAACAACUUUAAAACAUUAUGAGAAGAGCAUCUUAUCAUAACAAGUGAGGCUUGAAUCAGUGCUGCGAUCAGUUGAGACACUUGGUCAAAAUGAAUCGUCCAAAGCCAACGGCCCUACGCCGCCCCAGUGCUGCAAAAACAUCAGGUCAUCCCCCACCAGGAGACUUCAUCGCUCUGGGCUCAAAGAACCAGGGCAGCGAAUCCAAAGCCCCCGCGGUGCUCCUGAAGCCGGCCACCACCGUUUUACCUGCCGACCGCAAAAGAGAAACAUCCUCCACUCUUCCGUCCUCAUCGGGUCUGUCCAGCCUCACCAAGCGGCCCAAGCUUUCUACCACACCCCCUAUCAGCGCUCUUGGACGCCUCGCUGAUGUGGCGGCUGCGGACAAGAGAGCGAUAUCACCCUCCAUUAAGGAACCAUCGGUUAUUCCCAUUGAAGUGGCACCAGCGCUGCUGCUGGACGACAUUGAAGCAGCUGAGUCUGAGGGCAACGACGAGCGUAUUGAGGGGCUUCUGUGCGGCGCCGUGAAGCAGCUUAAGAUGAACAGAGCUAAGCCGGACAUCACGCUGUACCUCAGCCUGAUGUUCCUGGCCAAGAUCAAACCCAAUGUUUUCGCUACAGAGGGAAUCAUAGAGGCCUUGUGCAGCCUCCUGCGUCGAGACGCUUCUAUUAACUUCAAAGCGAAGGGAAACAGCCUGGUGUCCGUGCUGGCCUGCAAUCUGCUGAUGGCUGCCUACGAAGAAGAUGAGAACUGGCCUGAGAUUUUUGUCAAAGUGUACAUUGAAGACUCCCUCGGGGAAAGAAUCUGGGUGGACAGCUCUCACUGCAAGAACUUUGUAGACAACAUUCAGACAGCUUUCGGCACCAGGAUGCCCCCCAAAAGCAUGCUACUGCAGGCCGACACUGGGCGUGCUGCUGGAGAUCUCAGUGCAGGUAGCAGCCCCCAUCCAUCAACUCCUGAUGAGGACGACAGCCGGGCAGAGCUGCUUAUCGCAGAGGAGAAACUCAGCCCAGAGGAUGAAGGACAGGUUAUGCCAAGGUACGAGGAACUCGCUGAGAGCGUGGAAGACUACGUGCUGGACGUCCUCCGUGACCAGCUGAACCGUCGACAGCCCAUGGACAACGUGUCGCGGAAUCUGCUACGUCUGCUGACCGCAACGUGCGGGUACAAAGAGGCUCGCCUCAUGGCUGUUCAGAGACUUGAAAUGUGGCUACAAAAUCCAAAGUUGACCCGGCCGGCUCAAGACCUCCUCAUGUCGCUGUGUAUGAACUGCAACACGCACGGAUCGGACGACAUGGAAGUGAUCUCCAACUUGAUCAAAAUCCGCCUCAAGCCCAAAGUGCUCCUCAACCACUACAUGCUCUGUGUCAGGGAGCUCCUGAACGCGCACAGAGACAAUCUGGCCACGAUGGUGAAGUUAGUCAUCUUCAAUGAGCUAUCCAAUGCCAGGAACCCCAACAACAUGCAGGUUCUUCACACGUUGCUGCAGCACAGCCCGGAGCAGGCACCAAAGUUCUUAGCGAUGGUCUUCCAGGACCUUCUCACAAACAAAGAUGACUACCUUCGCGCUUCGCGAGCCCUGCUAAGGGAGAUCAUCAAGCAGACAAAACACGAAAUCAAUUUCCAGUCCUUCUGCUUCGGUUUGAUGCAAGAGAGGAAGGAGGCCACCUACGUAGACAUGGAAUUUAAAGAGCGCUUUGUCAUUCAGGUAACGGAUUUGCUUACCGUGUCCAUGAUGUUGGGCAUUACAGCUCAGGUCAAAGAAGCGGGCAUUGCGUGGGACAAAGGAGAAAAGAAGAACCUGGAGGUGCUGCGGUCCUUCCAGAAUCAGAUUGCCUGCAUCCAGAGGGAUGCUGUUUGGUGGCUUCACACAGUGGUUCCCACUAUCAGCAAAGUGGGUGCCAAAGACUACGUCCACUGCCUUCACAAAGUACUUUUCACAGAGCAGCCUGAGACCUACUACAAGUGGGACAACUGGCCGCCAGAAAGCGACAGGAACUUUUUCUUGCGCCUCUGCUCCGAGGUGCCGCUGCUAGAGGACACUCUAAUGCGCAUCCUGGUGAUUGGGCUGUCUCGCGAUCUGCCGCUGGGUCCUGCGGACGCCAUGGAGCUCGCCGACCAUCUGGUCAAAAGAGCCGCUGGUGUUCAGUCUGACGAUUUAGAGGUCCUAGUGGUGGAACGGAUCCAACUCAUUGACGCUGUGCUUAAUCUAUGCACAUACCAUCACCCAGAAAAUAUCCAACUUCCGACAGGGUACCAGCCGCCAAAUUUGGCAAUAUCCACCCUUUAUUGGAAAGCAUGGCUUUUGCUGCUGGUGGUCGCUGCAUUCAACCCACAGAAAAUAGGCUUGACUGCCUGGGAUGGUUACCCUACCCUGAAAAUGCUCAUGGAGAUGGUUAUGACCAACAACUACACAUACCCCCCUUGCACAGUGGCGGACGACGAGACAAAGACAGAAAUGAUCGGGCGUGAGCUGCAGAUAUCGCAGCGGGAAAAGCAGGAGAUCUUGGCGUUUGAGAGCCACUUGGCCGCCGCGUCUACGAAACAGACCAUCACGGAGAGCAACAGUCUGCUCCUCUCUCAGCUCACCAGUCUGGACCCGCAGGGUCCGCCUCGUCGACCUCCACCUCAAGUCCAGGAGCAAGUGAAGACUCUUAAUCAAUCUCUACGCCUUGGCCAUCUUUUAUGUCGCAGCCGCAACCCAGACUUCCUGCUUAACAUUAUACAGAGACAGGCUUCCUCCCAGUCCAUGCCGUGGUUGGCCGAUCUAGUCCAGUCCAGCGAGGGGUCCUUAGACGUGCUUCCUGUGCAGUGCCUGUGUGAGUUCCUACUGCACGACGCUGCAGACGACAGCCUGCAAUUGGAUGAUGACGACGAGGGAGGAAGCAAAGAACAGAAAGCAAAGAAAAGACAAAGGCAGCAAAAACAAAGGCAGCUUCUCGGAAGGCUUCAGGAUCUUUUGUUAGGUCCCAAAGCUGAUGAGCAGACGACGUGUGAAGUUCUGGAUUACUUCCUGCGCCGCCUUAGCUCCUCUCAAGUGGCUUCAAGAGUCCUAGCAAUGAAGGGCUUGUCACUCGUGCUGACUGAAGGGGGCCUGAAGGACGGAGAGGAACGAGACCAGCCCAUGGAGGAGGACUCCACCGAUGCUGAACUCUUGCCAGGGUACCAGUGGCUUCUGCAGGACCUCCCUAAGCUCCCCAUGUUCGACAGUGUCCGAGGCAUGACAUCCACCGCCUUGCAGCAGGCCAUUCACAUGGAGACUGAUCCUCAAACCAUUAGCGCCUAUCUCAUCUACCUGUCCCAAUAUGCGCCAGUAGAGGAGCAGGCCUCUCACAACGACCUUGCUUUGGAUGUGGCCCGGCUCAUUGUGGAGCGCUCCACCAUCAUGAACAAUCUCUUCUCUAAGCACUCCUGUAGACCUGAGUCCGAGGCUGUCCUCAGCGCUUUCCUCUCCAUUUUCUCCACCUACAUUAGGAGAAUGAGGAAGACCAAAGAUGGGGAGGAUCUGUACAGCUGGUCAGAGUCACAAGAUCAAGUGUUUCUGCGCUGGACUACAGGAGAGACUGCCACCAUGCACAUCCUUGUCGUCCACGCAAUGGUCAUCCUUCUUACUCUGGGCCCUCCUAAAGGAGAGAGUGACUUCUACAGUCUUUUGGACAUUUGGUUCCCCGACAAGAAACCAUUGCCAACUGCCUUCCUGGUGGACACAUCAGAGGAGGCCCUGCUGCUGCCUGAUUGGUUGAAACUGAGGAUGAUUCGAUCCGAGGUGCCUCGAUUGGUGGAUGCAGCUUUGCAAGACCUGGAGCCUGAGCAAUUGCUGCUGUUCGUGCAAUCAUUUGGAAUUCCAGUCUCAAGCAUGAGUAAACUGCUGCAGUACUUAGACCAGGCUGUCACUGUUGAACCACGGGCGCUGGAGCAGAACAUCAUGGACAAGGACUACAUGGCCCACCUGGUGGAGGUGCAACAUGAGCGAGGUGCCACUGGGGGGCACGCUUUCCACAGACUGUUGAGUGCCUCUCUUCCACCGCAAAAAGAUGCCCCUGAAACAAGUAAAGCCAAAGUUAGAGUGGAACUUCCGCACGGCUCUGUUAAGAUCAGAGCAGCCACGCAGCUUCCGACUGUCGAGCCUGAUGAUGACCUAACAGGCUUGUUGCUAAGGAUAUUCCCGUUAAAGACAGAGCAACGCUGGCCCGGCCCACCACCUAGCCAGCUCUCUUUGGCCUUGCAGCAGGCUCUGGCCAAAGAGCUGAUGCGGGCCAAACAGGGUCAGGUUCACCAGGGCGGGCUGGCUCUGCGUCUCCUCCAGGCCAUCGCCACCCUUCUAACCUCGGUCCAUGCCGGGCCCAUCGUCCUGUCCAUGCAUCGCAACCACGCCCUUGCCUGCCCGCUCAUGCGCCAGCUUCAUCUCUACCAGCGCCUCGUGCCGCUGGACGUUUCCUUCUCUUCCCUAUUCCUCAAAGUCAACGUCGAGAUGCUCAUCUGGCUUGACAAUCCCUCUGUGGAAGCUGGCCCACUAAAAACUCUGCUUAAGUCUUUUAUUGGCCAAAACUCUCACACACACAGACACAAUGAUGUACGCUCAGGCUUCCUCCACCUAGCAGAAGCGCUCGUGUAUCGCAGUGAUACCGAGGUUCCACUGAGAGCAAUCAUAGCGAUGCUGAAGGCUGGAGAGAGAUGUAACGCAGAGGCGGAGCUCAUUGGCAAAGUCUUGCAAGGUCUGAUGGAGGCCAAAUCUCCGUAUUUGGAGGAGCUGUUGUCUCUGUUAAUGACGGUCAGCUCUCAGAAUGGGACAGCCGGCCCGGUUGCCAUGGUUAUUUCUUUGCUGCUACAAGAAAGCGAAGAUUGGGCAGUGAAGAAAGACCCAGAUGCAAAUUCAAACAGCUCCGAGUUGACAAAGUCCGGAUUAUGCUCAGGUUUACUAGUGGAUUGGAUGGAGUAUUUAGACCCUGAGGUCACCUCAGUGUGUCCUGACCUUCAGCAGAAAUUGUUGUUCGCCCUAAACAAGGCACGAGGCACUCCGGCGUACAGGCCGUACCUUCUGGCCCUGCUCACGCAUCAGUCCAACUGGUCCACCCUGCUCCAGUGUAUCAGCGCUCUGCUCAGCAAGCAAAAAGACUACAAAAUGGACCCAACUUCAGCUCUGGAUUUUCUGUGGGCAUGCAGUCAUAUUCCUCGCAUCUGGCAAGGACGCGACCAGAAGAUCCCUCAAAAGAAAACUGAGAACUUUGUGAUGCGGCUCAGCUCUGAGGAGCUCAUCAGCCUGGUAGAUCUGAUCCUGGCUGAGUCCGAGCAUAGCUGCCGCGGCGAGAGGAGUGCAGCAGAAGAGGAGGUGUCCUGCUCUCUCAUCCAGGCACGACUGCCUCUCCUCAACUCCUACUGCAACGGCCACCCAGACAACAUCAAGAAGGUGUCUGAGUACCUCAUCAGCUGCACCAAGAAGUGGGAAGACAGUGCCAUGAGUAAGCGUUGCCAGAACUUGCUGCUGCAGAUCUACCUCCACUUCCCCGAGGUCAUUCAGCACGUCACCUUGCCGGAAGGCACGCUCAGCAGCGGGGGGACGGCGGACGGCAGCAGCUGCAAGCUUGACGUGCUGGUCCACCGUCUGGUUACUCUGCUCGCCGAAGUAGUGGAAUCCAAAUCCGCCGAGGGACGCGUUUCUGAUGCCAACUUAGCAUGUAGGAAACUGGCCGUGUCACAUCCUGUCCUCUUGCUCAGACACUUGCCCAUGAUCGCGGGUCUCCUACACGGCCGCAUUCAUCUCAACUUUGGUGAGUUCCGACAGCAUAACCACAUGAUGUUCUUCAGCAACGUGCUGGCCAUCCUGGAGCUUCUUCAGCCCCUCGUCUUCCACGCUGACCACCAGAGGGCGCUUCAGGACUGCCUCCUGUCCUUUAUGAAGGUCCUUAAGAACUUUCAGAGGAGUCGGUCUCCACUGGUCUUCAUCAACAAGUUCCUCCAGUUUACGCAAAAGUACAUUACCCAUGAUGCCGCGGCCGCCAUUCCUUACCUGCAGAAGCACUCUGACAUACUGCAGAGCAUGAGUGCCGAAAACCCAGACCUAGUCCAGCUGAAGUCUCUGCUAGCCGGGCUUACUCUCCCUGUAAAAAGCUCAUCCGCAGAGGUCUCAACAGAAGACCGCGAUGAUGAGAUGGCGGCCGGUUCUCUCCCUCUGGUCAACAUUUCUGCGUCUGUUCCGCUGAGCGCUGCCGAUAUGACAAUGUACCUGAGGAAGAUUUCAAGAGGCGAGGCCAUGGAGGAUGUUUUGGAAGUGUUGACGGAGGUGGAUGAGAAGUCAAAGAGGAACCCAGAGAUCAUCCAGUACUUCAUUAAUGACCUGCAAAGACUCAUGACGUCGUCAGAGGAGUUGUGUCGGAACAUUGCCUUCAGUCUGGCAUUGCGCUGCAUCCAAAAUAAUCCAUGCUUGGCAACAGACUUCCUGCCGACGUUCAUGUACUGCAUGGGCAGCGGCGACUUCGACGUGUUGCAGACAGCUUUGAGGAAUCUUCCGGAAUAUGUGUUGCUCUGUCAAGAACAUGCAGACAUCUUGCUCCACAAGGCAUUCUUAGUGGGUGUCUAUGGACAAAUCGACACCAGUUCAAUGAUAUCAGAGUCCAUGAAGGUCCUUCACAUGGAAGCAAUUUAACUCAGUUUAGUAACACAUUUAUGAAAAAUGCUGUAUCAGCUUUUCAAUGGACGUUUUGUUGUUUAGACACACAAUUAAUUGAUUCAGGGUGCUUUCCUGUGGGAGGGCACGUACAUUUAAGUUUAUACAGUUGCAUCUACAUAAAUAUAGACAUAGAAUAUUUUUCAGUUGUUCAAUUUAAAAAGUGCUACUCUUAACUUAUUAAAACAAUAGUUUGCAGGCUUAUACACCAUCUAAAAACCUUAUUGAUCACAAUGGACAGUUCUUCCUUAAAGGGUACCACGGAUAGACAGACAUUUAGUUCUUAAAAGAUAAAUUAGUACAAGUUAGAAAAAAAUUGAUAUUAAAACCCGUCUUAAUGUUUUCGUUUUAAUGAAAUUUGUAAAAUUAUUUGAACUAGUAGGUCGCCAUUGUUGUUCACGUCACAUGGGCACGCUGCCGGACUUCCACGGUGUCACUCUUUAACUACAUAAUCAUGUCGUCGGUUGUGCCCUUCCAAUUUGAACCCGAGUGGAACAUUAAUGAGAAGGACAACAAAAGCAAAAUGAACAGGUAAGAUGAGAGGGGAUGAGACGAGUAGCAUACAUGUUUCAAGUUCGCUAGUGACGGCACUCUCUUGCACUAGUGAUGAGAGCAGGAGAGUGUUUGAUGUCAAAAACUGUUUGCAGAUCUUCAUGGUAAACUGUUGUGUGAUCCAACUCAUUCCAAUAUUAUUAUGGAGAUAGUUAGUAUCCAGAGCUGUCGUUUGCUUUCCAUAUGAUUAGGGUAAACAGUCAAACACAGCAGUUUGAUUAUUUUUGCAGAUUGCAUCACAGCACAUGAAAACGUUGAUGCAGUUUGCCUCUACCGAGAUGUCUAAGAGGCUCCGUGACCAAGAGAAUGCCGCCUUACCAUAUUUUUGUCACGUAAAAGCAGAUGUCCAGGUUGUUGAUCAUCCUGCCUACCUGAUGUUGCUCCCGAAGCUUGCUUCCUGGUGAAUAAGCGACACGAAAAACGGAUAAAUGUAUUAAACUUAGUUUGAUUGCUGGCUAUUUGUAUAAUUUUCUUCCCAUCAGAUUAUAAUGCCGCCUUAUUUUGCACAUUGAGAUCUAAGAGGCAGAGAAAGGCGAGUGGACACAGACGUUCAGAUUCGUAGCUCGGACCGCACAGAUCAUUGGCAUAAGCUUCGGCACAACUCCUUCACAACAUACAAUUGAACAUACAGUAAAUAUCAUAUAGUGAAAAUACAACAAAAAUAAUAUUCAUCUCUCAAAAAAUAAUGUUCACAAAAGAACUUCAAUCUGUAUUAAUGAAGCCCUGUUCUCACUAAGUUAACAAUGCCAUGAGAACCGGCAUUCACAAAUUCACAAUCAAAAUAGAUAUGCAAAAUACACAUAAAUCUUACUCAGACUUUGGUCAAACUCUAUUUAAACAUUUUAGCAACUUGUUUAGCUCAACAAAUACAAUGGAUGGCAAUAUUUAGUCACAAUAUACAAACUAUGAUGCUGGGAGCCAUUAUCAAGUGUCUUACUGACACAACAUACAAUUGAACAUAAGGCUUAAUGGACCCGCACUUGGGAAUAAAAAGGAAACUACAGCGUCAGUCAAGGGACAAAAUGAACUCGUUGGUUUGAGCUCUAAUUAAAAGCUCGCCAUUGACACCUUGUGGCGUAUUUAAAUCACUACCUUACAUAGUUAGUGACACUGUGGAAGUACAGUCAGCGUGGCAAUGUGACGUCACCGCCCUGUGACAUCAACAACAAUGGCAACCUACUAGUUAAUUUUUUGGUUUAAAAUUUUAUUUAAAUAAAAACAUUAAGAGGGGUAUUAAUAAUAUUACUAAAUCAUAACUCGUACUAACCUUUAUCUUUUAAGAACUACAUGUCUUUUUAUCUGUGGUUCCCUUUAAAAAUUAGAGGUGCAAAAUGUGGCAAAACGUUAUAUUAAUAUUUCAAAUCAUUUAAAUUCAGUCGUGUUCAAAUUUGUCGAGAUGGUGAAUUUGAGCUUUUUGUUUGCUCCAUGUCUAAACACGAGGAUAAAAAUAAAAGUACUGAAUAUUUCUAGUCGAGUGUAAUGAAUCCACUAUUUAUAUGUUACCUUCUUAAUAGAAAAAUGGUGGUAAAAUUUUUAAAUAAUUUCAGAUGCAUCCCUGUGCAAAAUCUGCCUGAUAAUGCAAUUUGAAAUGCUGACAUUCCUGGACUUUUAAAUGAGGGACCAAAAAGCUAAGUAUUCAAGCCUUUGUCUGCAUGCCAAAAUGUUUUCCUGUCACCUAAAAAUCUUAAAUGGAGCACACACGGUGGAUUAAAAAAAAAAACAACAACAAAAAAUGCCUGUAUUUUCAUUUGAGUGAGUAGUGGAACAAAUUUCUGCAGCUGCUCAUUUCAUCCAAAAUGAUGAGCUGAAAUUGUAAAUAAAACACGGCACCAAAGCCAAUUAUUAACUUUCAUGUAAGAUUUGAAAGCAGGGAUGAAUAAAAAAAAAGCUAAGCGGACGCAUUUCAAUCAGUUGGAGACAAAAGUGGGAACAGGCUGUCACGCUGUGUGGCGGCUCGCUCCUCGUCAGCGCUCGGCAGGCAGAUUAAAGCGGGCGACGAGCAUGCCGCGAUGGGAAGCAUUUUGCCAUGAAAAGUGAGUGAAAGUCACAAAAGCCAAGUCAAACAGCGCAGGCAUGCGGGCCCGAGGAGGAAAGUGGACUUCACCAUUGGAGCCAAAUUAACCAUGGCGGUAAUUGUUCAAUCAUUUCAAGCCAGAGGUCCACUUUGAUGACGCCACGAGGACCCUUUUCUGCUGGUGUUGUGUUACGUGGAACUUGAGGACUUAGUCUGAAGCGUGCCCGCACUCGUCGGUCAGUGGAAGCUGUCUCUCACAAUCCAAAAGUCCAAUAACAUACUUGGAUUGGAUGAAUGAUGGUAGCUUUUAGCACUUUGCUUCCUCUUUGUAUUACAUUGCAGUACAGGAACAUUUUUUGCUGUAUUUGUUUAUUUUUUAUGUCCAAGCUCAAUGCUCGUCAGGCAUGACUUUUAAAUGUAAUGUGUGUAAUUUCUACCAUUCAGAGUCCCUCAACUGAAACAAAGUGGUACUUUGGAAACCACAGGUGUCAAACUCAAGGUCCAGGAACCAGAUUAAGCCCACCACAUCGACGUCCUGAGUCUUGCUAAAAUAAUAGUCCGUAUUUUUCGGACUAUAAGUCGCACCAGCCAAAAAAUGCACAAUGAAAAGGAAAAAAAAAAACUAUAAGUCACACCAGAGUAUAAAUCGCAUUUUUGGGGGAAAUUUACUUGAUAAAAUCCAACACAGAACAGAUAUGUCAUCUUGAAAGGCAAUUUAAAAUAAAAAUACAAUAGAGAACAACAUGUUGAAUAAGUGUACAGUAUGAUAAUGUUACAUGGUGCAUGAACAACGAAAUGUGAACGUGGCCAGUAUGUUAACGUAACAUAACUAUUAAGAGUUAUUCAGAUAACUAUAGCAUCAAGAACAUGCUAGCAAGUUUACCAAAACAUCAGUGUCACAUCAAAACACCAAAAUAACAUGUGAAAUGAUAUAAUAAUGUGUUAAUAAUUUCACACAUAAGUUGCGCCAGAGUAUAAGUCGCACCCCAGCCAAACUAUGAAAAAAAAACUGCGACUUAUAGUCUGAAAAAUACGGUACUUUUUCUGUAGUCCUCAAUGAAAACCGACGACUAAAUAAA